GCCGCCUCCGCCAUGCCGGUCAAGCUCAAGAACCGCUACAACCUGGUGGACGACGCGGGGGACUCGCGGGUGCCGCUGCACAACGAGGAAGCCUUCCAGCACGGCAUCCACUUCCAGGCCAAGUACAUCGGAAGCUUGGACGUGCCAAGACCCAACAGCCGUGUGGAGAUUGUCGCAGCAAUGAGAAGGAUCCGGUAUGAAUUCAAAGCCAAGAAUAUUAAGAAGAAGAAAGUGAGCAUUGUCGUCUCUGUAGAUGGGGUGAAGGUGAUUCUGCGCAAGAAGCAGAAGAGGAAGGAAUGGUCCUGGGAUGAGGGCAAGAUGGUGGUGAUGCACGAUCCGGUUUACAGAAUCUUCUAUGUAUCCCACGACUCCCAGGACCUAAAGAUAUUCAGCUACAUUGCCAGGGACGGCACCAACAACUCCUUCCGAUGCAACGUCUUCAAAUCUAAGAAGAAGACUCAGGCCAUGCGUGUGGUGCGGACAGUGGGCCAAGCCUUUGAGGUGUGUCACAAACUGAGUCUCCAGCAUGCGCUCCAGAAUGCGGAUGGGCAGGCUGAUGGCGCCAGCAACAAUUCAGUGGAAGAUCCACAGUUGGAAGGACUCCAGUUGGAAGGGCCUCCCAUGGCUGACAGAGAAAACAUCACUGCCGACUCUGAGGGGCUGCAUGUUCCCGACUGCGGGGCCUGUGAGCUGCCCUCAGCCAUGCCAGACCUGGGAGGGCUGAAACCUGGGCAGAGCCUGAAGGAAAGGAGCAGCCAGGACAGCGAGAGCUGCUCUCUUCACCCCUCCGCUACACAGGCCUUGGUGAGCCCCGCCAGCCCCAGUUCCUCUGCCUCAGUCACCCCCCUUGCUUCCCAGCACUGCCUACAGCUCCUUCAGCACCAGCUCCUCCAGCAGCAGCAACAGACCCAGGUGGCCGUUGCCCAGGUGCAGCUGUUGAAAGACCAGUUGUCGGCCGAGACCACAGCCCGCAUCGAGGCUCAGGCCCGUGUCCGCCAGCUGCUCCUGACCAACCGGGAUCUGCUGCAGCACGUCUCCUUGCUGGUGAAGCAGCUCAAGGAGCUGGAAAUCAAGGUGCAGCUACGGCAUCCGGUUGACCGUUCACUGCAGAACUUGACUUUGGCUCAGUCGCUAUCACUCAAUUUGAAGAACCACUACAGCCUAGAAAUCAACCUGCCCUCCACCUCAACUCCCGCCAGUGUCCUGGGCAGCCCUGUGACACGGCCAAGCACCUAUGAAUCCUACCUGAACCUGGCAAACCUGGAGAAGAGCAGCAAACUGCCCAACAGCGCAGAGAGUGAGGAACGCCUUGUGGUGCUGGAGGGUCCAGAUGGGCUUCGCAGUGUUGAGGGCUCGGAGGCCACCGACUGCAGCAUGCUCAACGGGACCGGACCACAGAAGUGCAACGGCUCAAGUUGCCCCGCGCAAGAGGAGAGAUCACAGCCGUUCAUCCCCAAGCUGAACCCACCUCCACCCACGCUGAGGAGGAGGUCUAGUAAAACCACCUCUCCCAGCCUGGAAUCAGAGAGCAUCCCCCUCAACACCACGGCGAAUCCUGGAACCUCCUCGUUCACCAGCAUCGCCAUCUUCUCCCUCUCUAACUUAGAGUCCGAGUCCAGGACGCAGGGAGGAUGCACUGGUGGCUGUGUAGAAAAAAACAGGGGACAUCUCAGCCAGGAGUGGGCCAGGGAGGACAGAUGUACACUGCUGGCAAAGGGGAUUUUGGGUCAGGUGGAGAAGGGCCCGAUCAGGGACCCGGACAGCACCCUGGACAGCACACGGCCCUUCUCCUUGGCCAGCAAUGACACAUGCUUGCGCAUCAGCCUCUCAGAGGAAGAGUUGGACAAUGCUGGGGCUUGUAUUGCUCGCGCAUAAAGA